GGGAGACUCUGCAUUGUCAGACAUCUUCAGACAAAGAUAGUCCACAAACUCUAGCGGCUGAGUGGGCAGAACCUAGGAAGAAGGGUGAUCUCAUUUUUGAAUUUCAGAAGGUGCGUGUUGUUUGUUUAUCCUUCAAAACUGGGGGGCGUCAUCUGUCCAACGAAGUCAAGUUGGACCAAAGACUGAACAUUCAGUAAUUGGUACAUUUCCAGUGCCAUUCCACACGUAGGACCUCCACUAGCAACAUGGCAGCGAUUGGCAGACUGUCAACCAAGGGCUCAGUGCUCUUACUGUGUGACAUGCAGGAGAAAUUCAGACCCAACAUCUUCCAGUUCACCAACAUUGUCAGCAAUGCAGCUAGGCUGCUACAGGCAGCCCGUAUUCUGGGCAUCCCUCCCAUUGUGACAGAACAGUACCCUAAAGGUCUGGGACCUACGGUGCCUGAACUGGGGGCUGGGGACCUGACAGCCCACGCCAAAACCACCUUCACCAUGAUGACCGAGCCAGUGGAGAAGGAGCUCAAAGCCCUGGGGGACCCCAAGACGGCCAUCCUCUGUGGGAUUGAGGCACAGGCGUGCAUCGCGUGCACAACCUUUGACCUGUUGGAAAGGGGCAUGGAGGUCCAUAUUGUGGCUGAUGCCGUAUCAUCCAGAACCCAGACAGACCGAUUGUUUUCCCUAUCCCGGUUGAGGCAGAGCGGGGCCUUCCUAACCACCACAGAGGCUGUCUUACUACAGCUGGUACAAGAUGCCAAGCACCCCAAAUUCAAAGAGAUUCAGAAGCUUUUGGUACAACCAUCUCCUGACACUGCCCUGCUAGCCUUCUUCAGCUCUCUAUAGAGAAUGUAAUCUCCUUCCUUUUGUCUGUUAAUACAUCUGAAUGACUGUAAACACAAGUACAGCAAUAAAACCAAUGUGUUUAUUCUCAA